AUGUCUUCAUCUAUGAUGCCUGGUACUCCAACAACUCCAACAAUCGAUCUGUCUCCAAUAGUAGCUUUAUCUUCUACUACACAGUCUAUAUCAGUACCACUUACAAGUGCUAGUAAGCCAUUCACAACGUCUUUAGACACGCAGACAAUAAGCAGUGCCAGUACUAUAUUAAUAAUACUGAAAUCAACUAGUACUUCUAAAUCUUCAUCAAUAGUUCCAACAAAGACGCCAAUACAUACUGCUACAACUUCACUGACAUUAUUUAUAACGACCUCACCUAAAACAGUAACUUUAGAUGUCUGCGUUUGCAAGUCUCUUUGGAAUUAUCCACAUUUACCAGAUUGUUCCAAAUACAUAACAUGUGUAGGGAUUACACAAUAUAUACGUGACUGUCCUCCGCCAUUUUGGUGGAAUACUAGAACAGGGAAUUGUGAUUGGAAAAAGAAUGUUGAUUGUGACGAAUAG